CAUUGGUUAUUAAUCUUAGGCGGUGAAUUUCAUCAAGCGAUGCGGCAGAAUUCUUGGUGGGAUGGUGGGGCAAUAUCAAACCCGCGACAAUGCCCAUCCACUUAUUAGACUCUCUAAAUUUUUAAAAUAACCAAAAUGACUUCUAGAUCUCCCUCCCCAGAGUUUUCACCACUAGCAAUAGGAGUUGAUCUCGCGCCACUUCCUACCUAUAAAGCAGCAACAACCAGCACUGUAAACUUUUUCGGUCUUCUCGAACCACCACUAAAGCUUCACGAAGAUCUCUCCAAAGGAUGUGGUGGUCAACUAUGGCCUGCUGGUAUGGUGCUUGCGCAGCAUAUGUUACGAUAUCGUAGAGAUUCUUUGAAAGAUGCUAGAAUGUAUGUUUCCAUCGCCAUUCUAUAAUUCUUCAAUUUUGAGAACUAAUGAGGAUCCAGACUCGAACUUGGGGCUGGAGGUGGUUUGGUGGGAUUAGCUGUGGCUCUUGCAUGUGAUCUUCAACAUCCAUUAAUACUUUCGGAUAUGGAAGUCAUGUUUGAACUUAUGAAGAGGAAUGUUUCUCUCAAUGAACUCGAGUCGAAAGUCGAGCCGUUGAUUUUAAAUUGGUAUGUUAACUAGUGUCAUUCAUGAUUAUGCUCGUUUCUCUAAUCAAAUUAUAGGGGUGAACCAUUACCGGAGCUAGUAGUGAAAGAUAAACCAGAUGUUAUUCUAGCAGCUGACUGCGUCUAUUUUGAGCCGGCUUUCCCGUUACUUCUCCAAACUCUGGAAGAGCUUUUAGAAUUAUCAAAGGAUGCAGUUAUCUAUUUCUGUUUUAAGAAAAGGAGGAGAGCAGAUAUGCAGUUUAUGAAGAAUGCAAAGAAGAAGCUCUUAGUUGAAGAGAUUGAGGAUCAAGAUAGAGAGACUUUUACUAGAGAGGGACUGUUCUUGUACACAUUUAAACGAAAAUCAUGAUACCCAAAAAUUUGCAAAAAGAAAUAUAUAUACAGUAGCUAAAGCAUUUGCAUCAUUUCUCUAUCCAGUCUAACGUUUCGACCAAGGACU